UCCGCUCCGGGGCUGUAGGGGGCGGAAGUGCUGAGGCUGAGCGCAGCGGCGCUGCUGUAUCAGCUGGAGAUAUUUAGCUUAGCUUAGCCUGUUGUUCUGUUUGAGAAUGUUCUGUGGGUUCUAGGAGGAUGGAUGAUCCGGGUUGGUAUCUCUCUCUGAAGCUGAUGGAUCGGCCCAAAGCCGUGUUCAGAUUCUCCGACACCGGAACCACCGAGCCGCGGCACUGCAGCGUCUCCACCCUCAAACAGCUGCUCUCCACCCAGCUACCAGACUCCCUACCGCACCCCGAGCUCAUGGAGCUGGUGCACUGCGGCUGUAAACUGAAAGAUCAUUUAACUCUCGAUUCCUACGAGAUCAAAUCAGGAUCCACUCUGCACAUCUUAAAGAAGGCGUGGCCAGAACCAGAUAUCAAACCAGAACCGGUGAACAGAACCGCUGCAGCGCGAGAGUUCCGUCUGCUUCAGGCUGCCAUGCACUCCAACGCCACCUACAGGGACGCAGUGUUUAAGAUGCUGAGUAAUAAAGAGUCUCUGGAGCAGAUUAUAGUGGCCUCCCCCGGCCUGAACUCUGACCCGGUAGCAUUAGGAGUUCUUCAGGAUAAGGAUUUGUUUGUACAGUUUACAGAUCCGGCGCUGCUGGAUGUUCUGAUCCCGGCUCACCCGGCGCUGGUGAACGCCGUGAUCCUGAUCCUGCACUCUGUAACCAGCAGCCUGCCCAGCCAAUCAGGAUCCAGCUCCUCCCGCAGUGCUGCACCCAGCUCCUACAGCGACAUGCCCGGAGGAUUUCUGUUUGAGGGGAUGUCUGAUGAUGAGGAGGACUUCCAGUCUGGAGGUCGUGCCGGGUCCUCCAGGCGCUCCAGAGGUCCGGCCGGGUCCAGACCCGUCAGUCUGGGGACCAGCAGCGGCGCCACCGGGCCUCGUCCCAUUACACAGAGUGAACUCGCUACUGCACUAGCCCUCGCCAGCACCCCGGAGAACACCACCUCUACCACGCCCAACACCACCGACGUGUCAGGUGGUGGCGGGUCGUCAGGAGCGGUCAGUACUCCGGUGAGCAGCAGUGUGUUCAGUCAGGCGCUGCAGGCGGCGCUGCAGGCGUCCGGCGUACCUGCCCUACAGGGCCGGUGGAGGGCGGAGAUGCAGCAGUUGAGGGAUAUGGGGAUCAGGGAUGAGGAUCUGGCGCUCAGAGCUCUUCAGGCUACAGAUGGAGAUCUGCAGGCGGCGCUGGAGCUGAUCUUCGCUGGAGGAGGAGUCUGAGGAUAUAUAAAUAUAUAAAUAAACAGCAUUAUCUAAAA